UUGACUGUGCGACAGGUGAGGGGAGAAAGGCGGCCGGGUCCGCCCCGCCUCUUCCGUGACGUCAGUUUGCGACGCCGGCGGCUUGGCGUUGCCACGGUUACCGCUGGCCUUGGUCACAGCCGGUGUCGGCCGACGGCGAACUCCCAGUCAGGAUCCGGGCCGGAGGGAUGUCGCGGAUUCGGCCGGUGGAAAUGAGCCGGAAGCAGCAAGAGCUGCUGGCGGACGCUCUGUGCAGAGUCACCAAGCGAUUCAACAGACAUGAAGUGCUGUGUUUAAAGAAAGUCUUCAGUACUCUUGUUGACACUUUUCCUGAGCAACAUAUUACAGUUGGACUCGAUCGAAACAAAUUUAGAAAUGUUCUGCAUGUCACAUUUGGAAUGACUGAUGAUAUGAUCAUGGACAGAGUUUUUCGUGCAUUUGACAAAGACAAUGAUAGCUAUGUCAAUAUGAAAGAGUGGAUUGAAGGACUGUCAAUAUUUCUCCGAGGGACUUUGGAUGAAAAGAUAAAAUUUUGUUUUGACGUUUUUGAUUUAAAUGGAGACGGGUUCAUUUCACGGGAAGAGAUGUUCCACAUGCUCAAAACUAGCCUGGUCAAGCAACCAACAGAAGAAGAUCCUGAUGAAGGAGUAAAAGACUUGGUAGAGAUUGCACUGAAAAAACUGGACUAUGAUCAUGAUAACAAAGUUUCGUAUGCAGACUUUGAGAAGGCAGUCAAAGAUGAAAACCUCUUACUAGAAGCUUUUGGACCCUGUCUCCCAGAUCCAAAGAGUGCACUCGAUUUUGAGAAACAGUCCUUUAAGAAAUCCAAGGAUGAUUAAUUGAUAUUGAUGCUUCUUCAGAUGUCUCCUACAUUGUGUUUCUGAUGAUUAAAUGAACUCGCCAUUCAUUACCAGUUGUUCAAGCACAAAGUAAUGUGAAGAACUGGACUUUGUGAAAUUGGUUAAGUGAAUUUCUCUACUUAUCAGCUGUGUAAGAUAUUCUUCCUGUCAUACUGACAUGAUGAGCUGUCACCUUUACAUUAAUCAGAUAAAUGAAUGGUACAGAAAUAUGAAUAACCCCAGUAAACAACUUCACAACUCUAUCUGUAUGAUUAGGUUAGAAACAAGUGCUGAAGAUCACAAAAUAAAUUUGUGCUGCCGGUUAUUAAUUUUUCUUACUUUUUAAAAAAUACCGAUAAAGUAAAAUUCAAAGGUCUGUGAUGGGAAGGGCCAAUUUAAAAACAGUCUCAAAGAUAUUGUACAAUACUUGUUGGGCAUUCAUGAUUGCUUGAAAUUAUUUUACAAUUAAAUGAUAGAAAUGUUUUUAUACAUUUAAUGAAAUAUACAUUUAUAACUGUUUAAAAUUGAUUGUGCAAUGCAACAUAACUUUGUAUACUUUCCCUGAGUUUGCUUAUAUUUUAUGUAUAAUAAUGUCAGCUCAGUACAUGAACAUUUCUGUUAAAUUAGUAAUUAACUUUAUUUUGUUGAUAUGGAUAAAAAUGCUUUUAAAGAAACUUUCAAUAGAAAUGAAAGCAGACUGCUGAAUUGUUCACAAGUGACCAAUUUCACCCCUUUAGCUUGCUUCUGUCUCUAAUCCAAAGGGCAUUUUAGUGGGUUAUUUUUGCAAUACAGUGGGUGCCAGUUAAUUGGGACACAUCAGGACCAGUACAUUUUGGCUCAAUUCAGCUGCUGCCUCAUUAUCUGAUCUUUCAUGGAAAUAGUUUAAAAGCUAUAAAGAAGACAAAUUAUUGAGUGAUAAAUUAUGUACUUAAAUGAAGUACGUAACAAAUUAUAACACUACCAAUAGUAUUACAGUACUAUAAAUCUGCUGUGUUCAUUUGCUUGACUGUAAAUGAACAGAAUCAGCAGAGACACCUAGUGCAGAUAAUGGACUGCGUUCAUACAAUGGCUCUGAUGAUUGCAUUCUCCAAACUUUCAUUUUCAUUGUAACAUUCAAGAUGAUUGCUUAUACUUUAAAAUUCUUCAUCGUCCCUAACUUGUUGAAGUAGUGAAAUAGUUUCAUUUUCACUCCCGGCCAUUUCUGUCACCUCCAAGCCUCAAUACUUAAAACUGCAGUGAGCAAAACAGUUCUGAAUUGUCUUGCUGCUUAUUUCUCACCAAAUGCUUUUUGUAUGCAAAAACAUGUGUCUGACGCUAUUUAGAAGCUGUUCACUCCAAGCAUAGUAUAGUGUCUAAUGGCCACACAAGUGCACAACUGACACUAGUUAGAACCUGUUUAGCAAGCCUCCUGCCCCAAUUAAGCAGCAUAAUGUCCCAAAUAAACAAAGGGAAUCCUGGCUAUUUUCUUGAUUAUUUUUGAUCUUUAGGAGUUGUCCCAAAUAAGUGGCUGAGCUGAUAGUUCGAUGGCCCAAUUAACCAGAAUCCAUUGUAAUUGCUUCCGUAAAUCAGUUCUAAAUUUAGAAAUGAAAUUCCCUUUAAAAACUGUGAGUAAAAGUGGAAGAGGGAAAUCUAAAUUAAUCCAUUAAUUUUAAGAUUUAGGUGAAAUCACUGCCUUUGUGGUGAUUUGGAAACUCUCUAAUCCUGGGUAAGUAAAGCAAAUCGGAUGGAAACUUGUACAGGUCCACAAUCUCUUAUCCGAAAUCCUUGGGGCCAGUUGCAUUUCUGAAUUCAGAAAAUUGAUAAUUAACCUGUCUCAGUGCGGUGGACAUUAGGACCCGGGGGAGCUCUGGACCUACGCACAUCCUCCCGUAUACUUUAAAACAUCUCUAGAUUACUUAUAAUUUCUAAUACAAUGUAAAUGCUAUGUAAAUAGUCGUUAUACUGUAUUGUUUAGGGAAUAAUGACAAGAAAAAAGUCUCUACAUGCUCAAACGAGUGCUGGAGAGAGAACUUCCGGGUUUUCCCGAUCCGCGCUCUUUUACAAAUACUAUUACUGUUUAUUUAUAGAGUAAUAUACUGAUAAAUGAAAUAGUGGGAUAAUUGUAGACCAUAAAUAUACAUUUUCACCAUAUCGUCAUCAGCUGUUGUUGAUGUUUUUCUAGGAACAUAGCACCAGUACAAAGCUGUUUCAUCAGCAUUGUAAAUUUGUUCAGGGCUAAAGUUUUCAUCAGGUAUUAUCUUGGCAAAUUCGUCAAUGUAAUUUUCAGCUGCUCCAUGAUCAGCAGAAGCUUUUUCACCACAGAUUUUCAGAUAUUUUACACCAUGACGCUUCUUAAAUUUCUGCAGCCAAGCCUCUGAAUAUUUUCUGCGUUAUUGAUAAUUAUAGGUGCUUCCUUCUCUUUUUCUUAUUGUUACUCAUAGGGGUAUCUGCAGCUCUUUUCAACAUUUUCACAGUGGACACAAAGUCAACAGUGAACACAAAACAUCAGUAAACACAAAAUAAUCUGCAGAUGCUGGGGUCAAAGCAACACUCACAACACACUGCAGGAACUCAGCAGGUCGGGCAGCAUC